GAGUUCUGCUGUUGAAUGUGGGGUUUCUGAGUGUGGCUGAGGCCGAGCUGAGCCCCUCCCCUGGGUUUCAGGGAACCGCCUCUCUAUUCCCCAGAUAAAUUACUAGUGUCCACCAAAUUCCUCAGCUCACUCCCUUCCUUGCUCUCUCUUUCUUUCUUUCUCUCUCUCCCCCUCGCUCCUCUGGCUCUGUAUCUCACUCUCCGGGAAGUACCCCUAUUCCAGGGGGUGGAGUGACUCCUCCCUGCCCCAGGACUCCAAAUCCCCCUUCCCAGGAGCGAGCCCAGCGACAGGGCAAGGGAAGAUCCGGAGUGGCAAUCAAGAGCGAAUCCUCCAAACCACCCUGCAGUUGGGGCUCCAGACUUGGGGAGCUCCAGCUCCUCUCCUCCUUCCCUCUUCUGCCCCCCUGCCCCUCUGUCCCAGACCAUGUCCACUGGCUCCCUCAGUGAUGUGGAAGACCUUCAGGAGGUGGAGAUGGAAAGCGACAGCCUGAAAGUGGAUUCUAACAAGGAGUUUGGGACUUCCACGGAAAGCAACGAAGAGGGGUCCCUCUGCGAGAGCGGGUCCCCCCAGAAAGGCCGUGCGGGGCCGGGCAAGAGGAGGAAAGCCCCCAGCAAGAAGAGCCCCCUGAAUGGAGUGAGCCAAGAGGGCAAGCAGGUCCAGCGCAACGCGGCCAAUGCCAGGGAGCGGGCCCGGAUGCGGGUGCUGAGCAAGGCGUUCUCCAGGCUCAAGACCACCCUGCCCUGGGUACCCCCGGACACGAAGCUCUCCAAACUGGACACGCUGAGGCUGGCGUCCAGCUACAUCGCACAUCUCAGGCAGAUCCUGGCCAAUGACAAGUACGAGAAUGGAUACAUCCACCCGGUCAACCUGACUUGGCCCUUCAUGGUGGCCGGAAAACCCGAGAGCGACCUGAAAGAAGUCAACGUGACUCGUUUGUGCGGGACCACAGCAUCCUGACCCAGGACCUGCGAGAUGGGGAGAGGCGCGCCCCAGGAGGGAGCGGGGAACGAGAAAUCCCUCGAUCCCUUCCUCUCCCGGCCCCCUAAAGAACACUUAAUUAGCGACGAGGAGAUUCAUUUCCAAAGAGGAGACCAAAUGUACAUUCAGAAAUCCCAUCUAUUUAACUUUAUUACCUUGUACAAUGCUCAGCCCCGCCCGGAAGCCUUGCUGGUUCAAGUGCAAUACUGUAUAUAAAUACCUAUAAGUAUAUAAUAAAAACUACCAACGUGUAUCUUUUGUAUAAUAUGUUGUGAAAAUGUAGAUUCCUAGAAUAGAUGACUUUGAGAGUCGCAAUUAUAAAAUAAUAAUUCACUUUAAAAGAUAUAUUUUUUCCUUCAGACAGGUUUUGCUAUUUCUGUGAAUAAAUCUUUCUUUACAUUGAAGAAAUUCAA